AUGGCUUCGGAAGUGUACUUCAAGUUCAAGUCGAGUGUUAAAACUGAUUCGAUCCCAUUUGAUGGGUCAGCCAUAUCUGUCAAAGAACUUAAAAAUGCCAUUAAAAACAAGUGUUGCCUUCGUUCUGCUGAUUUGGACUUAAAGUUGGAAGAUAGCACUGGAAAGGAGUAUUCCAGGGAUGCGGAACUUAUACCAAAGUUUACCAGUAUAAUUGUAAGACGUGUUCCGAAACCAAAUGGUGAGCCUCAGAAGAGGAGGCCUGCGCAGUCGUCGGUUUCUCGGGACAAAUUGGCUAGCCAGACAGACACUUGUCUUUCUAAUAUUGCAAAUUUGGCGGAUUCUGAUUUACCGGAGGAAGAGAAAAUUCGACUUAUGAUUGACAGAUCUUCAGAGACCUAUUCUGCAAAAAAUUACACUGUGAAGGCUAAAGCUUUUGGCAUUCCUCCUCCAACUUACACUUGCCACAAGUGCAACCAGGCCGGCCAUUGGAUCCACGACUGUCCUGGUAUUAAAGACGUUCGAGGAAACCUGGUGGAUUCCAAGACAGUGAAGCGGCCGACCGGUAUUCCCCAGGAUUUUCUUGUGAGAGUCGAUCCGGGUACACCGGGUGCGUAUCUCGAUAAGUGUGGACGCUAUAUGGUUCCCAUAAAAGACGCUGAGGCCUAUUCCCAAAAAAAGAAAGAGAAGCGUGCGUUUUCUCUCGAGGAAAACCCCCCUUAUGUUCCACCUCAAGAGCGUACCCCCUCCGCAGGCUUGGUUUGCCCGCUGUGUAAAAAACUGCUUAAAGAGGCGGUAAUUAUAACUUGUUGCGGUACUUCAUAUUGCAAUGAAUGCAUUACAAACCAUUGCUUUGUUGCGGGCUCACAAAAGUGUCCGAAUUGUGGGGCGCCCGCGGAGAAGUACGAUAGUGCUAUAAUCGAAAACGCUGCAAUGAGACGGGCUGUAACCGACUGGUUGAGGGCUGGCAGUUCUCCAGAAGUAUCAAAUCAACGAUUUUCGCCCGAAGUAAUCCAAACGAAAGGCACACCUGAGCCCGAGAAGGUGGUUCGCCGCCUUCUUAAACCGAAGCAACCGGCGUCGAUCGGGUCUGGAAAUGCAGAAAGUGGAUCUGUAAAUCAGGAAAUCGGUGGCGAAUCAAAGGAAUCAGUUUUGGAAUUAGCUGAUUUGAAGAAGGAAAAUGAUGCUACUGUAAAGCCAGAACUUUCUGCAUCAAAUCUUUCAGACUCGAAAACUUUGUCAUUCCCGUCUAAAUCUGAAUCAUCUAUUACCCAUGUUAAAAGUACCCCUAUUGAAUCUCACACCCCUCCUGUUGUUUCUAAUACAAGUAGCGUAGCCAACUUGCCUUGUGCAAAUUCCUUUGGUGCAGAAAACGUUACUUCUAUGUUACCGACUCUACCAAAUGUUACAUCAUUGUAUAAUGGUGCACCGCUAGUUUUCCCGGGCGAGGGUGCCUCUCUCGCAAACGCUGUAUAUAGCGCAAAUCUUGCAGCCUCCCUAACUGCAGUAGGUGCAGCUCAGGCUCCACUAAAUACCGUCUUUCCAAGCAACUCCCUGAUCUCAUCCAGUAGCGUGUGGCCUUCGGUGGACCUGUCCCUCUUAGGCGGUGUGGAUCAGAGCGGCUUUUCCAACCCUGGCAAUGUCUUCCCUUCAGUCAAUCCUCUCGUGGAUCUGCAUGGUGCAGUCGGUGGCGAUAAACUUCUUUCAAAAGAGGAGUUUUACCGUAUGAAGAGACGCUUGUUGGAAAAGUCACACAGAAGGCGUCCGCGUAGCCGAGACUCCCUUCACUCACGUCGCAGGUGUGAAAGUCGUAGACGCGCAGCUGCUGACUACUAUUAUCGUAGACGUGAGGAGGAGCGACGGUUACGAAAACGGUCACCUCCAAGACGUCGUCGCUCCCGUAGCAGUGGCUCUGACCGCCGUCCGACUAGAGGGGAUGGCGUGGCCGUUGAGGACUAUGAUACAUGGAAGCGCAGAAAAGAGCGUCGUCUGCAGAUUGAGGCUGCUGGGGGCAGGCGCUUCUCUCCACUCCACGGACCUUGUAGAAGCGCUUCUUCCAAUGGCUCACCUUUACCAACUGCCAGACGAGAAGCGUCACCUCAUGAAUACUCUAGUGAUCGCAAUCGUCGAUAUCCCGAAGCGAUGGAUAAAUCUCGUUUGCGAAGUCCCUUUUACGUUGGAAGUCCCAUUCGGAAGACUUUGGAAGAGACCUCUCCGAAUCUUGAAGGAACCUGUCGUCACCAAGACCGUCGAUAUCGUGGCGAAGAUUCGGAGUAUUCCCGAAAGCGAUCUCUUUCAAAAGAGGGCUCAGCAGUGCCUGAUAUCGUCUCAUCACCACCCGAAAAUGCAGAUGGUGACUUGGAUGCUAAGGCACUAAGGAAGCUUCGCAAAGAGCAAAAAAGAAAGGCCAAAAAGGAAAAGAAAUUAGCAAAACGGGCUGCUCGGGCUCAAAGAGCUGCUGCUGCUGCUGCUGCUGCCGGUGGAAGGGGUGCGGGUGAAGGAAUUUAUGACAAUCUGGACGGAGUUUCUCCCGUAGUUCCUGGGGAAGACGAUCGCGACGAUGGUGAAAGUUCCAAGUCAAAACGCGAUAGAAAGAAGCGGAAGAAGAAACACAGGCAUGAACGUGACUUGGAGUCUGAUUCUGGAAGUGAUUCCAGGAUAAAGCGGAAGAAAAAGGAUAAAUCGCGGAAAUACCCGAGCACUGAUGAAGAACCAGAUGAGCUAGUUGAAGUUUGCUAG